UUAGUGGUUAAAUAACAUUUUAACAUUUUGUAAUAUAGUUUUAUUAUGUUUAGGCAUUUUGAUUAUUUAUUUAGCCAUUUUUAAAGUAUCAAACUAUUUACAUAAUGUGUCCAUGAAUUUCUUUCUACACUAAAAUACUGGGAUAAAUGCCCUGUGAUGAUGUGUACAUUGGUGAUGGGUCAGGCCUACUGUUAUCAUCAGAUGCCCCUUUAAGAAAGUAAGCUUAGAUGAGGUAAAGCUUAAGCUGUCCACUCUGUCAUGGUAAAAUGCUAAGUGUAUCUUUAAAACAAAACAGGGACACCAUAAACAAUUCAAGUUUGCAAAUUUAGUUUAACCAUGUUUACAUCAAAUUCCAUUUUUUGGUGCAGCUUGCAGGGUGAAUGCACAUAGAAAAUAUGAUUUCUGUGUGGUCUGAUGUCUUAUAGAUAUGGUUAAUAGUCUUUUUUCCCCUUUAAGUUAUUAGAGGUCAAAAUCCCUAGUCUUCUGAUAACCCCCUUCAAGUAAGCCUAAACUGUUAGAGGUAAACUCCCACAAUUAGCCUAACCCUGUAGUAUUAGCACUGCUGUGGGAGUGGCUGAACUCCUCCCAUAACACACACACACACACACACACAGAGAGCCUCUAACCUGCUGCAGUGGUUUAUAGCAGACACCUAAUGAUCUUUUCCACACAGUCCACUAAUUCUCAGUUUGAUCAGCUAAUCUCUGGGGAAUCCCCCGUGUGGAAAUGUGAGCUUAGCCUGUAGCACUGUAGUCCAUACUCGCCUAAUGGGGGGCAGUUUUAGUUCUUCACCAGCUCUUUCUUCCAGCUAUAUAUGCAUCUGAAUUGGGACCAUUAGCCUUCUUUUAGAGACCAAAUGCUGUCCAGAAGAAGUCCAAGUUUAGUGUUUUUCCAUAAUCAACUAUAAAGAUGAAGAAACACCUGGACAAAUCACCUCAGUCUGAUCCUGCGCUGGCUCAGUCUUCAUUUGCAUACAGAUGCUUUAUAGUGGCCAUCAUCUUAUUGCUGCUCAUUAUUGGUGUUUUCGUUGGCGUCUUCAUUGCAUACUUGGUGCAGGAGGAGCAUUACUUCAUGGAGACAGUGGAGUUAAAAGGGCUCAAAUAUAAUACUGACCUCCAAGAUAAAACCUCAGCGUUCUCCUUAAUACUUACAGCUACCUUGGAAACAAAGAUCCAAAAUGUCUUUGUGGCUUCAUCAAUAGCACAACAUUUCCUUGCCUGCCAGAUAAUUGCAUAUGGAAACAUUAAUGGAGAUGUGAUGGCAACAUUUCAUUUAGUCUUCAGAGUGGCCAAAUUCCAGAAAUACACAGACAGCUUCAUCCAGGAGCAUCUCCGCUAUGGACUUGUGUCUUUGCUUCGCCAAAAACCUCUGAGCAUUCCAGAGUUUGGGGAGAUCAGCAGCAUUGUUCUGCUGGGAGCCACUGGAAAGUCUUUCUACUCAAUUGAAGCUGACAGAAGUAUAUGUCCUGCCAACACUUACACCUGUGCCAGCGGGGAGUGUGUCACUAAACCCAAUCCAGAGUGUGACUUCAUAUCUGACUGCGCUGAUCAGUCUGAUGAGGCGUACUGCUCAUGUGGGCUGCGGCCAGCGAUGGGCAGCCGGGUAGUUGGGGGUCAAAACGCCCGUCAUGGUGAGUUCCCCUGGCAAGUGAGUUUAAAACUGCGCGGCCGGCACACCUGUGGAGCCUCUAUUAUCAGCAGCCGCUGGAUUGUGAGUGCUGCUCACUGUUUCGAGAGCAAUAAAAACCCGAAGGACUGGAGGGCCCUGGUAGGGUCCAGCCUGGUGAGUGGAGCAGAGAAUGGAGCCACUACAAUAAACAUCAAGUCUCUGAUUGUGUCUCCGGAUUAUAACCCCAUGACGACAGACAGCGAUGUGACAGUGCUGGAGCUGGAGAAGCCUCUGACCUUCAGUGCCUAUAUCCAGCCUGUCUGCAUCCCAUCUUUUUCACACACCUUCAUUCCUGGACAAAACUGCAUUGUCUCCGGCUGGGGGGCCCUCAGUCAGGACAGCAGAGAGGUGCCUCCCACACUCCAGAAAGCUGUGGUGAAGGUCAUCGACUCUGACGUCUGCAACUCAUCAGUUGUGUACAGAGGAGCCAUUACUAAUAAUAUGAUGUGUGCUGGCUUUCUGCAGGGUCGAGUCGACUCCUGUCAGGGAGACUCAGGUGGUCCUCUGGUUUGUGAAGGGGCUCCUGGGCGCUUCUUUUUGGCUGGUAUUGUGAGCUGGGGGGUGGGCUGUGCCCAAGUCAACAAACCCGGAGUGUAUUCACGUGUCACCAAACUUCGCAACUGGAUCAUGAGCCACACAGAGCAGAGUGGGAUUCAUGGUGGCUCCAUGGUUCGGAGCACUAUGAAGUCUGGGGGUCACCUGACUAAGCCAAUCACACCACCGUCUGUCCUGCCUGCUGUGAACUGUGGUGGAAACUUCAGCUGUGGAACAGGAGAGUGCAUCAGCAAGAUAAAUCCAGAGUGUGACCAAAUUACUGACUGCUCUAAUGCGGCCGACGAAAAGAACUGUGACUGCGGGCGGCGUCCAGCAGUGGGCCGACAGAGGAUAGUGGGAGGUGUAACUGCCCGAAGAGGGGAAUGGCCUUGGGUGGCUAGCCUACAGUUUCAGCGCUCACAUCGCUGUGGAGCCACAUUAAUUCACUGCAAAUGGAUUCUGACAGCAGCACACUGCUUCAGGGAGCCGAACCCCAGCGGCUGGACGGUGAGUUUGGGCUCAGUGCUUAGGUCUGGAGUCAGUGCUCUGGUCAUUCCAGUCCAAAGGUUCAUCAUACACCCCAACUUCACCAGCAGCACCAUGGACUUUGAUGUAGCUCUGGUUGAGCUUUCUAUCCCUGCACCGAGUUCAUACACCAUCCAGACGUUGUGCUUACCCUCCCCCAGCCACAGCUUCUUCAACAGCUCUGAGUGCUACAUCAUGGGAUGGGGUGCAAUAAGGGAGGACGGUAAGCUAACCACUCUGCUGCAGAAAGCUAAGGUCAGUAUAAUUGACCAGUCAGAUUGUCUGCCAUCUUACAGCGGGAGACUGACCGCCAACAUGGUGUGUGCCGGCUCCAUGGAGGGUGGGAAGGACACCUGUCUGGGAGACUCCGGGGGUCCUCUGGCAUGUCGGCAGCCCCACGGCCGCUGGUUUUUAGCUGGAGUGACCAGCUGGGGUCACGGCUGCGGGCGGAGCAGCUUUCCAGGGGUUUACAUGCGCGUCACUGCUGUCAGGGAAUGGAUAUCAAAAUACCUCCCUUUUUAAAGGAAACAUAUCCUACAGUUUCUAUUGGAUUUCAGCUUUCCAUUGAGGUCCAAUUAUGACAUUUAUGUGGGUUUAUGUAAUUGACAUUUACAUGCCUUUGACUUUUCUUUAAGGCUCAUUUUGAUAUUGUGCCUUUAAGAGUAUGUAAAUGUGAACUGUUCUGAUUGGCUGCCUGUUAUAGUGUGACCUUACAAUGGUUUAUUACACAGAACAUCAGUCAGUGUGUUUGAUAAUGAGAUAAGGAGCAGAGCAGUAUCAAUCGGCUGCAGAUAAUUCAUGCUCAUUAAGUAGGGAAUACACAGGUACUUCUCAAUGACCCUUAUGGACCAUGUGUAAUGGAAUGUAGCUAUACUGGGACCUGGGAGUAAACUGGAAUGUUACAAUUUGCAAACUUAAGCAAUGUUUACAUUCUACAUCAACCUCUGGUUUUGAUUUUUCAUGUUGUGAGACUCAUGUUUCAUGUUGUGAAAUCCUCUUCCUUUUUUUUUUUUUUUACUGUAGCUGGCAUUUCUACUUUUAUAUGGACUGUGGUAUAACCUGUGAAUAUUUACUUGAAAAAGGUUUUCUUUUCUCUUUUAAAGUGACCCUGGGUUUGUUAAAGGCGCUAUAUAAAUAAUUAUUUAUUUUCAGUAUUUAUUGCCAAAAGUGGAAACUCUAGAAAAUUGAAGAUGU